UGUUCAAUUUCUAGUAUUGUAAAUAAAUGUGUUAGUUACAGAUCCUGCUACUUCUGGCCUCCCUUCAUACCUCUAAUUUCCCUCCACUCCACUCUAAUUACUAUUUUUCCUUCCCUUCUGCAUGUACACAUCCCUCCCCCCAUGUCUGACUUCUACCCCUUCUCCUUCUCUGCUCCUAUAAAACAUCCAGUCUAUUCCCUCCCAUUGGCUUCUGUCACUCCAUUGUCACCCCUUCCCUUCCCUCUAACCUCUAAUAUCUGUACAGAAACCAACAUCUCACUUUCUUCAUAUAGAAGUCAGGAUAUCUCCACCUCCUCCUCCAUAUUACCUGUGCACCUGAACAAGAAAGAGGGACUACUGUACUGUAACAGAGCACAGGAAAAACAGACUCUGUGCCAGUAUGACAGCAGCCUCUGGCAGACAGAAGGAACACCUUCAGGGAAAGUCUCUGCAGCCCCUGAAGGGAGUAUGAUUAGUGCAAAUAGCAUCUUCAGAAAAUUUAGCUAUCAACCUUGACAAUCAUAUACUUAUCACAUGAGAAAAUGUUUACAUAAUUUUGUCCAAUUUAUAUGAAUUUUCAUGCAGAGAACAAAAAUCACAUCCCUGACUCAAGCACAAGCACUGUCUCUACCCCACACACUGCCAAAUUUCAAGCCUUUGUUCCCCAGUGAACAGAUAUUACAAUGUGGUGAAACAUUUUAUUUUUCUCUAAUUCCAUUCCUACAAAUGGCUAAGCCAUUUUAAUUGAAAAAUUUUCCAAAAAAUUACUCCUAAGACAGACACCCAGUAUAGGAAAUUUGGCCCAAAUUCAUAGUUUGAUAAAGCGAUAAGAAAUUAAAAAAGAUUCUUAUAAUGGAAAACAUGAGGCAACCUAUCUAUAUCCAGCACUGCCAACUCUAUCUAUAAUAAUGACUAGUUUGGGGGGGUGUUUUUUGUUUGUUUGUUUGUUUUUGACUAGUAAAGGAAGUAAAUUGUGAAGUUUUAUUCCCCACAGGACACUUUUUUGCUUUCUCUCCUUCUGUUUUACACUUUUUCAAGUGGACUCACACAAUGUCAAUUACCAUUUCCAUAUUAAUAGCUUGUAAAUCUCUCCAUUCACACACUACCUGACUUGUCUCCAUACAAUACUAAUACUCCUUCCAGCUCUCUCUGCAGCAAAUUUAAGCGUAAUGAGAUCCAAACUGAAUUAUUUAUCUUCUCAUCCAACCUCUCUCUACUAUUCCAAAGCUCUGUCACAAACUGCAACAUACUCCAACUUAGGUCUACAACCUGUGGGUCAUGCUUGACUCCUACUCACCCUCUGCCUCACACAUUCAGGCUACAUCAAAAUCCUAUUAUUUCUGCCUCCAUAACUAAAAUCCAUCUUUUUUUCCUAUUCCUACAGCUAAAGCUCCUCCAUCCCCUCAACAUCUUAACUCUCUUCCAGGAGAGGCUGGAAAAAGAUGUGCAAUUGGAGUAUUUAUUGGAAUUCAUCUAUUCAGCUCAAUAACAGGCCCCUGACACAACCUAAACUCUACUUUAAGUGGAGCAAGUACAGCUCUUGCACGUAUUUUUAUGUAUUCAUCUGCUCCAAGAAUGUGUUGUCAUGUGUGACUACUCAAGAUCAAUGCUCUCAGAAGUUGUAAUCAAACUUUCAUGGUCAACAAGGCCCAGAGAAGCCAGAGAGAGCUAGGAUAAGGUCACAGAAACCCACUGUGAUCUUUGUCCACCUCAACAGUUUCUGAAUGAUCUUGCCCAGAGGAAAAACGUGAAAGAGUGGCAAGUUACCUGAAGCGACACAGACAUUGCCACUUGGGAAAAAAAUGAGAAAAUUGCAUUCUAGUCUAUAUUAUAUGAAAAUAAAUAAAUACCACUGAUGCUAAUCUGAAACAAAAUUAAAUGCAAACAUCUGAAUUACACAAAAAGCAUGUAUGUACACAAUAUUAGUCAUUUUACAAAAAUCAAUACAAAUCAAAUCGCUAAAUGGAUAAUAUUUAUAUGCAAAAGCUAUAUUUUAAUAUAUGAUAAGUUUUCAACUUUUUCAAGAAUUACAACCGACUUCAAGAUUUAUUCAAAAACAUUUUCAUGUGGAAUAUUAGUAGCACUACAUUAUUUUUAAAUUAAGAAAUAAUUUAGCAAUUUUUGUUACCACAACACUAUAUCCAAUGAAUAUUAUUUUGGGCUGAAUAGCUUUAAUUCACAUCCUAAAUUAAGUUUUAGAAUUUGUCCUAAUUUAUUAAGAGAAGGAACUAGGUUAUACAACUAAACAUUUAAAAACUACAUAAAACCAAAUCCCAGAAAGUCAAAGGCUCAAGAACAGAGGUAGAAAGAGCAUAGAGUACAAGAAACAAAAUACACAUGGUAUCUUUAGAAAAAAUAGUUAAACAGGUUAGUGUUUCCCUUCAUUUAAUUUAUGUUGUCAAGCUGCACAACUGUGAAUGCACUGAACAUGGUAAUGGGAAAAAUCACUUUAGAUUAUGAUCUAAUCUGGAUUAAUACCCCCCUCUUAAUAAGAAAUAUGAAUAUUCCAUAACAUUCUAAUUCAGAUUCUCAUUACAUUUUUGUGGUAUCUACUUAUACGGAAUAUAAUUUAUUCAGAUAUAAAGAUCUAAAUGCUGACCUGCAUAUAAACAUACUGGUUAAAUAUGGUUCACAGAAAAGAUGCAGCAGUUUAGUAUUCAAGGUAGGCUCACAACAAAGAACCUCAGAGAAAGGAUAGAUAAGAUAUAUUCAAACAAAUUGCUAGAGGCUUUUAAAGUAGUAUUCAUUUCAUUUAAUUUUCCAUCAGUGUUUUCUCAUGUGGUACAGCAUACAAUCAAAAAAAGUAGAGUGAAAUGUUAAAAAUAAAACUGGUAUAUCCUAAUAUUCCAGAAUAAUGCACAAUUCAUUUGUAAAUUUAGCCUUUUUACAAAAGGAUCCUUAUAUAAAACACACCAAAAAAAAUCAUUCCCAUAUAUAUGAAGCACAGUUUAAGCCAAACAUCACUGACCAAUCAAAAUUAGUGAAUGCACUGCAUCUCUCUGCAGUGAAGAGAAGCGACAAGGUAGGCUGUCAUUCUGCAAAAGCUGUCUGUCCAUAGUAAGCUUUCCUCUGAGAAGUACUGCUGAUCCUUUUCAGAAAGGAUGAAUCUAAAUGUCUCUGGAAACAAGAAGCCUUUACUAUGUUAAAUUACUUUCAUUAUGUAUUUUCAGAUGCUUAUUGAUUCUACAAUAGGAUGAGUGGGAGAUUGCAGCAGCCUCUAAAGCAGCACUACAUGUUGUAUACAUUAGCAGUAUGCUGAAACAAUGGCACAGCACAGGCACAAAUUUUCAUUAAGGUCAUUUUUUGAAGAGAUGCUUAUGACCCUCUUUCCCCUGUACUCUGCUAACAAGUGAACAAAAUGAAUCCCUCAAAUCUGGAACUGAUUCAUCUGCAUCGAGAACUGAUCAAAUUCUUAGUGGAGGGCAUACAGCAUCUAAUUCAGUUUUACUACUGACAAUAUGAAGAAUGCAAUUGAUGGGGCAUCUUUCUAGCUGUCUGACCUACGAGCUGCAGGAUGUACUUCUGAUAUAUAGUUUUAAGAAAUAAAGGACAGAAUAAAAACCAUGGAAAAAGUCAUAUUUCUACGACAAAAACAACUGCUACAAAAGAAUGUGUUUCUCUCCCAUUCUGGAAGUCAACAUGCAGUCUGAAUCUAACAUUACUGUUCGAGAUGCCACUGAUGACAUCAACACCAAUAUGUACCAAGCACUGUCAUAUCCAUUAAGCUUUCAAGUUUCUCUCACUGGAUUUCUGAUGUUAGAAAUUGUGUUGGGACUUGGCAGCAACCUCACCGUGUUGGUACUUUACUGCAUGAAAUCCAACUUAAUCAAUUCUGUCAGUAACAUUAUUACAAUGAACCUUCAUGUACUUGAUGUAAUAAUUUGUGUGGGAUGUAUUCCUCUAACUAUAGUUAUCCUUCUGCUUUCACUGGAGAGUAACAGUGCUCUAAUUUGCUGUUUCCAUGAGGCUUGUGUUUCUUUUGCAAGUGUUUCGACAGCAAUCAACGUUUUUGCUAUCACUUUGGACCGAUAUGAUAUCUCUGUAAAACCUGCAAAUAGAAUUCUGACAUUGGGAAGGGCUGUGAUGUUAAUGACAUCGAUAUGGAUUGUCUCUCUUUUUUCCUUCCUGAUUCCCUUCAUUGAAGUUAAUUUUUUCAGUCUUCAAAGUGCAAGUACUUGGGAAAAUAAGACACUUUUGUGUGUCAGUGUAAAUGAGUAUCACACUGAACUGGGAAUGUACUACCAUCUCCUAGUACAGAUUCCAAUUUUUUUCUUCACUGUUAUCGUAAUGCUAAUUACAUACACCAAAAUACUCCAGGCUCUUAAUAUUCGAAUAGGAACAAGAUUUACAACAGGGCAAAAGAAAAAAGCAAGAAAGAAAAAGACUAUUUCUUUGACUACACAGCAUGAGACUACUGAUGUGUCACACAGCAGUGGCGGGAGGAAUGUAGUCUUUGGUGUAAGGACUUCAGUUUCAGUAAUAAUUGCCCUACGGCGAGCUGUAAAGCGACACCGGGAACGACGGGAAAGACAAAAGAGAGUCUUCAGAAUGUCCCUUUUAAUUAUUUCAACAUUUCUUCUCUGCUGGACACCCAUUUCUGUUUUAAACACUACAAUUUUAUGUUUGGGCCCAAGUGACCUUUUGGUAAAGCUGAGAUUGUGUUUUCUCGUUAUGGCAUAUGGAACAACCAUAUUUCACCCUCUACUUUAUGCAUUCACUAGGCAAAAAUUUCAGAAGGUCCUGAAAAGUAAAAUGAAAAAACGAGUCGUUUCAAUAGUGGAAGCAGAUCCUAUGCCGAAUAAUGCUGUAAUACAUAACUCAUGGAUAGAGCCUAAAAGGAACAAACAGAUUACUUUUGAAGAUAAUGAAGUAAGGCAGAAAUGUUUAGUACCUCAGGUUGUCACUGACUAGAUUUCAGUAUUCACCAAAUUAUCCAAGAGGAAAUACAUGAACAAACUGUAGAAAAUACUGCCAAAUAAGGGAAACUUUUAAAAUAUUGGCUAGACUGUACAUUUUCAAUAUAUAUGUUAUAUAGACUAGGACUUGUAUAUUCAAUUUCUUCAUUAAUAUACAUGUUGCAUGGCAGUUUGUUAGAGUAAUAUCGUGUAUAUUUGUCAAAAAGAUAUUAAUGUACGUCAUAUUUUCUAAAAAAUAAAUAGCCUUACAGCAGUGUACACUUUUAAAAACAAACAUUUGUAUGCCUGAUUCUCUGUAAAUAUAAAAUGACUUUUAAAUAGGCUUCCACUUCAGAAAUACUUCAUUUUCCAACAAGGUGCGAGUUUAACAACUUGCACAAUAUAGUUUUUUAAAAUCCUAAUGUGUGGGCUCUGUUCUUCAGAAAUAAUUGGCAACUUCAUGAUAAUGAAAUAUAUUUUGACUCCAUGCUUAGGCGACCUCUUCAUCUAACUUGUAAUGGUUCUGUAUGUACAAUUAAAGCAUAUCCCUCUGUAAACAAGAGCUAAAACUUCCAUUUUGGCAGUGGAAGCAAUAUUUUAAAGUUAGUCCAGAAAAAGAAUAAUUUUUAAUACAAAAAUACCUAAGAAUGUACACUUUGUUUCCAUACAAUAAUCUGCACAUCAUUGAAUAACUCCACUUCCUUCCCUCCCUCCACUGAAAGAAGAAAAACUAAUUUGGGGCUCUGGAGAAUAGUGGAAGUAAAAUGCAGAGAAAUGGGGAAAAUCCUGUGUUCUAAGGUUGCCCAAUAAAUAAAUAAAAAACAACAAAUUUAUACAGAAUUUGUUAGACCAUUAUCUCAGAAGACAGAUGUCCCCUCCAAAAUGUGAGGAUCUUCAGGGGAGUGAUCCCACAGUCACCUUGCCACACAUCUAUCAAAGUCAGCUGCCCAACAGCUGUGGUAAUAUUCCUGGAUCUAUUUUACAGAAUUUGUGCAGUUCAUUUCUCCAUCAUCUUAACCCUCUCUUCAACUAACGUCCAAAUUAAAGAAUCAAGAAACUAAUGGCUCCAAAUGCAAAAGUUAAUCCGAUUGACAUAGUUGCUGGGCCGAGAUGGUACUGCGGGGUCUCGGUGUGAGGGGCAUGGGCACUUAUUUGCUAUCCCAGGCUUUGAAGCCAGGAAUUUGGAACAAAUAGUACCCAUAUGCAUCCCCUUGAUUUGGUAACUGCUAAAAAUUAUGACACAAACUUCAAAUGUAUUAAGGAAAAGAAAAAAAAUAUUUUAUUUGUAAUAUAAAUCACCUCUUCAUAUAUCUCAAUUAGUCCUAUUUACACAGAAAUAACUCUUAAUAACUAGUGUUAAUGCAAGUUCCAUGCAUAAAAGGCAGAAUAUCCCCUCUACACUAGAGAUUUUCUCUAUUUACAAUAUGCGCAUUUUCUUUUACCUAAAAUAUACACCUGAACACAUUCAAAUGUCCAGAGUAAGAUUUUUAAAAAAAAUCUGGCUUUAAAGAAAUCCAAACUAUUUUCUCUUCAAUUCUUAUCCUAUCAAAUCAUACUUGUGGUGAAAGAGGAUAACUUCUCUUAGCAAAGCCCUGAUGCAACCAGCCCAAGAACCAUCUUGGAGAUAGUUAGAAACCCAUACUCUUGCUCCUUAAAAAUCAAGCACUUAUGACAGAAUUUUACCAAGAGGGAUUCUUUAAAACUUUUCAAGUUUGUUUAAGUAAAUAUUUUAAUAGCUUUGGUAUAGAAGUCAUCACAUCACCACUUACUGUAAUGUGCUGCAUCCACUUAACAGGCCAAGUUUCAUCUAAAGACAUUACUUAUCUUAGAAUACUAAAUAAAAUUCUAGUCUUAUCCAAAAACAAACAGCUCAGAUGUAAUGUACAAUGUUGUAACGAUAUUUCAAAAUGAUUUUUUAUUUUUUUGGAAGAAAACUAUCAUUUUAAAAUCACAGCGCUUCUAUUUACAGAUUAUUAAAUUGUUCCACUCCUGCCACAUCUAUCUAUCUUGUACGCUUAAAUAUAUGCACGGGAGGGCAGGAAACACUAUUAAAAUGUUAAUAGCACAACAUGGUUUCUUACACUCAAACAAGGUAUUCCUAGAUAAAGAUAUAAUAUGUAUUUUUUAAAACUUACAGUCAUCUGAAUAUAUAAAUAAGCCUAUAAUAAUACCCAUGGACAUAAGGUGAAAUUAAAACAGUUUUAAGUAAAGUUUUCACUUUUAAAGGUUAUUGACACCUUCAGGGUACACUCUCUUUUUUUUAAAAGCUCAAAGAUCUUAGAGCUCUUUUAUCAUAAUGUAACAUCAAAGAACUGGGAAACUGUUUUACCAAUACAUUACUUUUUCCUAGAAGCAUCUUUCACAAUUCUUUACAUUUGAGCUGCUCUGGGCAUUUUUGCAACGUAUGCAGACAGAUUAGCAUUUUGGUGCCACCCUCUGGCCAUGCCUCUUCUGCUUCUACUUGUGGCCAGAGGAGUUAUUCCAAAACUAUAAAAACUUGUAUAAUAAUAUCAGUAAUAAACAUUUCAGAGGCAACUGACCAACUAAGAUCAAUUGGACCACAACAGAAAAAGUCACAACAUAAAGAUCCCACUCAGCAUCUGGCCUUUCAGCUCUUAUGCUAGUUAGGGAUGGAAAAAUUAUGGAAGAUGCAUAAAAGAAACCAUCUGUAAAAGUGUGUUCAUUCUACAACCCAACAUCUUCCACAGUUUUUUAUACUGGGGAAGCAGAGAACAAGGAACAAACAUAAGGAAGAUUACAAAGAAGGUGGAAUGAAGAGGAAAGCAGUAUCCCAUCUCAUUUAUAACAUUUGUUCAAAAAGGAAAAAUCAUUUCUCAGCACUGCCUUCCAACCAUAAGGUGCCUCUGAAGACAGGAAAUCUUCAUAGUGCUUGAUAAAGGUGGCCAACCUUACAUGUUUCCACUGUGUGGGCAGAAGAAAUGUAUGCAUACAAGGUCAUCAGAUCAGGGAUCACGUGGAGCAUGUCCUGAUCCCUUAAGGAACCAGAAUCUCCAAUAUCUUGUGUGCUUCUUCAAUACAUAGUCUAAUUCAGAUGACUUGGAAGCUCUAGAUCCUUGGCAUUUCCAAUGGAGAAUACUAAAAGGGCACCUAACCUCCAAAUGGACUUUCUACAUUUGAGUUAAACUUUUCAGGCCCUUCUCAUGCCUAAAGCACAUCCUUGGUGGCCUGGGACAGAAAGAAGGGAGACCCUCCUCUUGAGAAGCAUGGAGGAAAGAGGAUACACAAUUCUAGAGCUGAGCACCAACUUGUCCUUAAAAAAAAAAAAAAAAAAAAAAAAAAAAAACCCACAUUCCUGCAUAGGAAGCAUUGACAACUUCAAAGCUUACCUAGGAGAUGUGACGGCCAUCAGAAACCAAGACAUUGAUGUGAGCGGCUCAAAGAGGUGGUUCACCAGGGGUCUCAGUACAAGUGGCUGGUCCCACUUUGGAAAGACAGGCCUGACAGCUCAUUUGGCUUAUCAGACUGUCCUAAUGAAACAAUGCCUUCCAGAGAACUUGCAGAUCCCAUGAUCAUCCUGCUACAAAGAGAGGACACCUGACAUGUAAUGGUGCUAGGUUGAAAACGCUGUCCGAGCCUUCUUGAAGAAGUUUCAAGAUAGUCAGAAUUCAUGGAUUUCUAGGAUUUGCUUUGGGUUCCCAACACCAGCACAGAACUUGGUCCAAAUAAAGGAGUAUAUAUCCAAGGUUAAUACUUUCCACAAAUAUGUUCCAAUAACUUUGGAGAACAAACCUAACAAUACUAGUCUUUCCCUUUCAAUAGACAGGCUAUUAAAUGAAGCUGGUUCUGAUCCUGUUGAAGAAAAGGAGAUUGUAAGAGUAUGAUCUGUCUCUUCGGGAUUGGUACAAGAGGUCCUAUUUCAGCUCGAUUAAGUACAAAAAUCAAGCUGUCAUUGGCCAAUGCAGAGUUACCAAUAUUACUAUCACCUGAUUAGUUUAAUCUUUUGAAUCUCCCUAAUAAUAGGAAGACUAAGUGUCAAGAGGAGGACUAUCAGUGUGAUAGAGUAUCUCUCCCCAUGGAUCUGUUGUCCACUCCCCUGCUGAAUUACUGUAGCUCUACACAUUCAAAUGAUUUGUGAACAGUUUGGUUCAGGGCAAGCCAAAUGGCUGCACAAUUAACUCAGUUUUCCUGAUGCAAGCAGCACUCGGGGUUGUUUAUCUUGGCUACUCAGAGAAAGUUGGUCUUUUGUUUCAGCUCUCUCUUAAUGUGAGCAGUCCAGAGGGACAGAGGAGAAUGUUCUAUUCAGAACAUGAUUCCCAUCACUUAGAUGUGUAGUAUAGGGCUUCUUUUUCCAGUUGGUUGUUCACAUUUGCAGCCAUGGUAAUACUGUUUGGCAGAAUCAGAAUGUGCUUCCCCCUCUAGCCUGGGCUGGAACCUUUCUACAAUCAGCUUAAUUGCUCUUAAUUCUAGAUAGUUUAUAAUAUUAGUCCUUUCCUCCAGCUAGUAGAUGCCAGUUUUGGAACCCUGAUGUGCUUCCCAGCCCUCCAGGCUUGUCACAACUGUUACUAUCCGAAAGUCAUGUAGGCUGAUUGCCAUUUUAAAGAUACUGAUCACCUUGAUCCUUCAAGAGUUUUAGAGGAAAAACUCCAUGUUGUUAAAAUGAAGCCCUGAAGGAGCCUGAUGUGAAUCCCCAGCCAUGAUAUUUGAAGGUCUAGUGGUUAAAAGGUUAGAGGUUUCAAUUUCAAGCCUCUUGCGGUUCCAAAACUAUUUGAGGAAGUCUUGAAUCUUCUUAAACUUAGCAAGAAUAUAUCCAUUUCUAGAGAUCAAUAUAUCUGUAUCCACUCCUAAGCAAGUUAUUUUGGUGAAUGGAACCAAGGAGCUUUCCUUGAUAUUGAUAAUAAAAUCAUGCACCUGCAGGAAAUUCAACAUUAGGGACGUAGCUCUGUGUGCUGUUGCUGAGGAUAGAGCUUUGAUUAAAAGAUAUCAUCGGUGGGGGGGAGGGGGAGAAGUUUAAAAGGUGGAUCCCCAGUAACCUAUAUCUGACUACAAUGACUACACCAUCUUUGUAAAGACCCAUAGGGCUGAGGACAAGCCAAACUGGAGUGCCCAGUACUAACAAUGCUUCACGCCACAAGCAAAACCUCAGAAAUCUGUAAUGGCAAGGUCUAAUAACUAUGUUGAGAUAUGCCUCCACAAACCCAAAGAAGUUAUGAAGCCCCCAGGGACAAGGAAGACUCCAUAGAGCUUUCUUCAUUUUUUCCAUCCAUUUGUUGAGCCUUUUGUGAUCUAUAAUUGUUGGAUUCCCCCGUGUUCACUUCCAAAUGAUGAAGAUGGAGCAGAACCUUCCCAUUUUUUCUUCGGAGGGACACUCUCUAUUACUUCCAUAUGCAGAAGAGUGUGUGUGUG